AUGGAUCAGCUGAUCAAACAGCUGCAGCUGGCAGCCGCUGCUCAGGCGCAGGUGCGAAAUCCCAGUGCAAUGUCCGCUCAUCCUCAUUCGCAUCCGCAUCCUCGCCAACAUCCGCAUCCGCAUGCGGCAUCCGCCUUGCAACUUUAUGCGGCAGCAGCCGCCGCCAACCUGCGAGUGCCAGGAUGGUCGUCCUUCCUCAGCCUGCCCAUCGAAUCCCCGGGGGAUUCCCCAAGAUCCGCAACCGGAAGUGGAACCAGUUCGUCCUCCGUCUACAUGCUCCGCCAGAUGGCGCUGAUGCAGCGAGCCAAUGCAGCCGCCGCAGCAGCCGCAAUUCAGCAGCAAAGAGAUCGAAAUCGGGAUCUGGCUGAAGAUCAGAAUCAGCAAUUCAUUAAAUUGGAAUCACUGGACUGCCUCCACAACGUUCGAUCGGGUGGCUCUAGGGCCACCGAUCACGAUUCACGGGGCGAUGAAGAAGCCAAAUCCAAUCUGGAACCGGAUGAGGAUAUGGAAUCCUCAAAACGCAGACGCUGCCGGACCAACUUCAACUCCUGGCAGCUGGAGGAACUGGAGAGAGCCUUCCUGGGAAGCCAUUAUCCGGACAUAUUCAUGCGGGAGGCCCUGGCCAUGAGACUCGAUCUGAAGGAGGGUCGCAUUGCAGUUUGGUUCCAGAACCGUCGUGCCAAGUGGCGCAAAAAGGAUCACACCAAAAAGGGUCCUGGCAGACCGGCGCAUAAUGCCCAGCCGCAGAGCUGCAGUGGAGCACCCAUUCCGCCCUCCGAAUUACGGGCCAGAGAACGGACUCAACGCAGCAAGCGGAUGAAGAAGGCCAUCGAUCGGCAGGCGAGGAAACUGCGUUCCAAGGGAAUCGAAGUGGACUUCGCCCGGCUGAGGGCGGAUUACCUGGUGGCCCACAAGGACAGCUGGCAGGAGGAUCAGGAUUUGGAGGAUGUGGGAUGCUACGACGAUGACGAUCUGCCCAUCGACGUGGUGGGCGAGGGGCAGGAGGAUGGCACCGGCGACAGUCAGGACAACUCGUUCUGCUCCUCGAGAACUUACCAAAAGAGCAGCAGCAGCGAACUGGAUCCCGAUGAUUUGGGGGUGCCCAUCAAGCUGGAGGCGGCACCUCCACCAUCGACCACAUCGCAAAACAAAUCCCUCUACAGCUCCCCCUUCAGCAUCGAAUCCCUAUUGGGCUCAUAACGAAUAUCGAAUGGUAUAUGUGGAUAGCGGUAGGCUUACAAUUUCGGUGGCUAGCUAAGAACUAA